AUGGAAAACAAGGUCGUUUUCCUACUCUUCCUGGGGGCACUAUUAUGCGCCUCGUGGACGGAAGCUUUACCGGAUGAAAGCUUCCUGAUCACAUCAGUGAAUAAGCAGAACUUGUUGAAGGCAUUGCUGCAGCAAGAAUCGACCACUUCCGACAUUGGCCGCCGUGGAUCGGGUCAAAAGGAUGCAGAUGGAUACCAUUACGAUCGCCCGCAUGACCCGCUGUGUCUGGUAACUGAUGGGCCACACUGUCAGCCAACGAAACCCGACAAUGGCUACCUGCCACCCUGCUCACCAGGCGUUCACGGACCGAACUGUGAGCCUGCCGCACCUGUCUGUCCCCAGGGUGGAGUUCCUCCGCACUGUUGCACCAACGGAGGAAACGGACCGAACUGUGUACUUCCCGAAGUUCCACCUUUGCCGCCGAUACACGUACAUGGCCACAGUGGAGCUCCGAUUGUGCAGGUGCAGACGUUCGUUUACGGAGCCUGCACGAAUGGUGGCACUGGACCUCACUGCUGUACAAAUGGAGCGAACACACCGGACUGCGUUCUAACUGCACCUCCGAUCGUCAUUCCGCCACCACCACAGCCACCGCCAACGAGGCCACCACCGCCACCACCACCACCGCCAACGACACGACCUCCUCCACCUCCGACCACCACUCGUCCUAGACCACCACCAACUACCACUAGGCCGCGUCCUCCGCCAACAACAACGCGUCCGAAACCACCUCCGACGACGACUCGUCCGAGACCUCCGCCCACUACGACGCGUCCUAAGCCACCUCCGACGACGACUCGUCCGAGACCUCCGCCAACUACGACGCGUCCUAAGCCACCGCCGACGACGACUCGUCCGAGACCACCGCCAACUACGACGCGUCCUAAGCCACCGCCGACGACGACUCGUCCAAGACCUCCGCCAACUACCACGCGUCCAAAGCCACCUCCGACGACGACUCGUCCAAGACCUCCGCCAACAACUACGAAGCCACGUCCACCUCCAACUACGACGCGUCCUAAGCCACCUCCGACGACAACUCGUCCGAGACCUCCGCCAACUACGACACGUCCAAAGCCACCUCCGACGACGACUCGUCCGAGACCUCCACCGACUACGACGCGUCCUAAGCCACCUCCGACGACAACUCGUCCGAGACCUCCGCCAACCACUACGAAGCCACGUCCACCACCAACAACUACUCGUCCUAAGCCACCGCCAACUACUACUAGACCUAAGCCACCACCUACUACUACGAGACCUCGCCCUCCGCCAACAACGACCCGCCCAAGACCGCCACCAACAACUACUCGUCCAAAGCCGCCACCGACAACCACGCGUCCAAAGCCGACCACAACGAGGCCACGACCUCCACCUACCACUACACGCCCUAGACCACCACCAACGACCAGACCACCGCCGCCACCACCGCCACCAACGACUCCCUAUCCGAUUAUUCCCGUGACGCAACCAUCGGUAGUGUACCUUGGCUGUCCGAACGGAGGCGUUGGCCCGUACUGCUGCACAAACGGCGGUGUUGGACCGAACUGUGAGGUACCACAAAUUCCAGAACUCCAAGCGUGCGAUAACGGAGGUCAACCACCGUUCUGCUGCACAAACGGAGGAGUCGGACCGUACUGCGUGGAGAUUCAGCAAGCGAUCGAGGUCCGUCCACCAACGACUGUCAUCUACACAGACCCGGUCUACCAACCGAUUAGUACGGUCGUGGUGCCCCAGGGAAAUCGUCCUAGCGGACAGGCGCCUUUGCCACAGCAACCGUUCUUCCCGCAACAACAACCGCAAUAUCAGCAACAACCGCAAUAUCAGCAACAACCGCAAUUCCAGCCACAGCGACCCACUAACGCACCCAGCUACGGUUACCGACCACCAACGGUGACCAUUGUGCCUAGCUCUACAGCAGCACCGUUCUUUGCCGGGCCACGCGUGGACGCAGGUGGACAAUCGCCGGCAAAUGGAUUUGUACAACCCAUUACACCACGUCCGCCACCGGCUCCGCAACCGCCAAGGCCACAAUCUCCACCCAGAAACCAGAACACUCAGACAAGGCAGCCACCCCAGCCACAAACGCCACGACCGCAAGCAACUCCAGCACCAGCUAGACAACAACCCUCGGCUCGACCGCAGGCACCAGCACCCCAGCGACAGAAUGCCGGAAGCGGUGGCUUUAACAAAGAUUUCUCCAACAAGACACCGGUAAAGCCGGCUUCCGUUGCCGGAGCAGGACAAUGCGAAGGAUCUAACUGUGAGCAUGGCUUCUACUACAAACUCGGCGAUCAGGCAGUCAUAUUUUAG